CUGAAAUCAAGCACCUGCUGAAUUAUUAAAACAGCUCCAGCAUUGACCGGAGCUGAAGCAGCACAGGCUCAUUUUCACCAGUAAGAGCUACUAUCAGAGCUAUGUCCUCGUUACUGGAGCACAGCUUUGUCAGGACCGCAGCUUUGGAGAGGGUGGUGGCCCCCAUUGCAACUCAUUUAUGUUACCUGGUGCUGCUGUGUGACAAUAUGGAUGAUGAGUCCGAGCUGUUCAGCCGGCUGGAGGCAGCGGCUCUCGGGGUAGCUAAAGCCACCGACAACAUGGCGGCAGUGGUCUCCAGGCUAAUUAGUAAUACAGAAGAUGAAGUUCUGCACAUGGAGAUGUCGUCGCUGCUGGAGCCGCUCUGUGUGACCGGGCGCCACGUCCUGCUGGCGGCGCAGAAACUCAGCAUCCAGCCUAAUCUGCCUGAGCACAGAGAGGAACUCAUCACCGCGACUCAGAAUGUUUUCCUGGGAGUUCUCAAAGUCCUUUUGGUGGCAGACAGUGCAGUUGUGAGGAAAGUUCUGGCUGCAGCUGAUCGGGUUCUAGAGUCCCUCUCUGAGCUCGGCUCCUCUUUGGAUAUUAAAUCUCUCCUCAGGUCCUUUAAAGACUUUUCUGAAUCUUUGCUCACCCUUAAUGACCUCACGGUGGACAGGGCCAACUCCUUACUGGAUCCCAGACAAACAAAGCAGCUUCUUGACUCCUUAGAAACACUGAGGAGGUGCAUCUCCAUGCUCCACACAGCAAUGUGCACCACCAUCAAACACCCUACAAGUGACCAGGCCCAAGUUGCCAAGAGGUUCAUUCUAGACAAAGUCCAAACCACGGUUAGCGACAUCAGUGUAACUCUCAGGAGCGACAGCCACAAGGGACCACUGGGUCCCUAUGGGUUCUACACUGGGAGGCAUCACAGCCUGUUGCAUUUACUUGAUAAUUACUCUAGUGCACUUAUUCAGGACAGUGGCUUUGACAGCAUGGUGAGAGACAUCGUCUUCCAUGCCAUGGUUGUAGCCAAUUGUUCACGAAGAGAGUCGCAGCAAAGAAUAGUGAGCCACUGCCGUCACAUUCUGCGCUUCUGGUCUGACAUAAAACGGAUCUUAAAAUCCUCAGAAGAAAGUGGUGACACUGAACUGAGAUCUAAUAAGACGUGCCUUUUGUUAAUCCAACAAAUACAAAUACUGGAUAAAGUACUAAAAACGGCAGUUCUUCAUCAAGUCUUGGACAUGUUUCUGGCUGCCCCUUGCACAGCCAAUGAUCUUUUAGGCACAGUAAGACGGCUCUUGGACACAGAAGCUGCUGAAAUCAUGGAUCUGACGUUUCUCCAGCCAGCAGUUGAGGAUUUCAUAUCGUCCACUGAUUGCAUAAUCCAAGUAGCAACCUUUGUCUCAGCUGUUGCUGAAGAUGCAAAGAGCUUGGAGAGUGUGGAGAACUCACAGGCGUGCCUUGUAAGAUUAAGGGCUCAGAUUGCCCUUCUUUCCCUGGAGCUGGGGGAUAAUUCAUGGCAAACCCUUCCAAAGCUUCAUGAUGUGUGCCUGAAAUGGGAGGAGGAGACGAGUCAGCUACAGGAUGCUCUAAGUGAUGUGAUGGACUUAAGAGAGUUCACAAGUCUUGCAGUCGAUGAAAUGGUCAAGGAGCGUCAUGGAUGCGAUGAAGCCUACAGAGAACAGAGCUAUAAGAUAUUUGAUGAACAUGCUAAAAACCUAAUUUCCUACAUGAAGCUGGUGAUUCGGUCAGUCAGACGGCAUCUGGACAGAAGCGAUAACCCGAUAUACAGGAACGGCCUGCUGGUCCUUGUCAAACAGGCUCAGUCCUCUCAAACCAAAGUGGGUGAGUCGGUCGGACACAUGCUCCACUUUGCAUCCACUCUGAAUGUGGAGAUGUAUUCCACAUUUGCAAACAAUGUUUCAGCAGCGAUUCAGCAUUUUAAGGUGCUGAGAGAAGGACUGGAUGGACACAAGCACCCACAUCUCCUCAGCCCGCUGCGAGAGGCGGCACGCAGGCCAGAAAUCUCACAGUCCUGUUCACAAUUAGAGGAUAUUCACGGGACGAGCCUGGAUCAUGUGGCAAGAGACUCUCCUCUUUCUGAAGUGAUGCAAAUGGAUUCUCUCACAAAACACGAUGAACCCUCAGAUACGGAAACUGUAGAAGCAGAAGCAGCUCAUAAAUAUGACAGCAAUGAUUUAAAGAAGGCAGCUGUCCACGAUGAACCUAAACUGAUCCACGUUGACCUUUUACCCCUUCUGUAUGAAGUUUUGACUGUGACUAAAGGGAAAGACGUGUCCACCCUCAACCAGGUCUGCACUGGUGUUCUUGAGCUGUCGAACUGCUACGUCCAGGCCGCGAAGGACAGCUCAGCGAUUGUCGACACAAUUGAGUCACAGACGCUGGAAAGCUGUAGAUCAGAAUUGGUGUCGCUGACGCCACUGUUGGUCCAGACAGCGCAAGAAAUGGCAAUGAGUUCAUCAAUGAGCACUGAGGCUCUCCGCAAACACAGCGUGCAGUUCUCUGACCUCAUUAGCAACAUCCGAAAGGUUUUACUUCCUGUAGCUGGAACAUGGUAUCACGUUGCGUGUGAUGAACUGCAAAAAAACCUGCAAACUACCACAUCCAGUGCUACGCAGAAUCUAAAUGAAGCGGUGAGUUUAUGCACACGUGUGGUCCAGUCCCUGACAUCGUCUGAUUUGAAAUCCGCUGAUUCUCAGGAAACAUUCAGCGUUUUGAACAACAAGCUGAGCAAAACCCAGAACAAUACAAAGUUUCUCAUAGAGCUUUCCUCUUUACCUGAAAGACAAGUGGAUAAUCGUGAGGGGCUCUGUCUCCUUUGGGGUCUCUCGGUUCAGAUUUUGCUGAAUUCCUUGGAUAAGAUUUUAGGGAUAUCGGCUGCAAUAUAUCAGCUGAACCCUCAGAAGCGACUGUCAGCUCUGUCGGAGAACUCCUUAAGGAUCCAAGAGGCUGCAAGACUCACUAGUCUGAACUGCAAAAGUGCUUACAAGUCAAAACAUCUGACGAUCUGCCAGAAUGAGCUAAAAAUACUCACUGAUGCUUAUCUUGAAGUCUUAGAAGAACUUGACGCAAUCCCAAAUCUGAACCAACUUGCAAAAUCAGAAUUCCUACAGAGACGACUCUUUGUUGAAAUUAGAGUGCUUUCUAAUCAGCUAGGCAAAGAGAACAGAAACUUUGUCUCCGCUUUUCAAAGCAUUGUUGACAUUACUCAUUCUGCAUCUGAACAUUCAGAAGAAGCAGAGCACAAAUUUGAAAAGGCCGCAGAGAAACUUGUUGAAAACGUUCAAUUAGCAGCCAGAAGAGCGGAGGAUUGCUUGAACUACAUCCGUGACCCACGGGCCCGUUCUAACCUGAGGUCCAUCAACGAUCACCUGUGCUUUCAGAUCUCAGACAUAAUCAGCAGGGCGAGGCUCAUCGUAGAAACUCAUUAUCUAUGUGACACCCUCAGUUUAGAAGUGCAGAUCCAGUGCUGGUCAGCAAAAGCUCAUUAUCUCGUGGCAGAGAUUAUGAAGCAAGACGGGAUUCAACAAGAAGUUAAGGAGAGCAUCAAGGCUGGUUUACAGGGAAAGUCAUACGAGGAUUUCAACAAAGAGUUGGCAAUGACGCCAUCUAGAGUCAAAGAUGUGGAAUACCCUGACAAAAUGCCUCCACUGCAGAGAGGCAAUGCAGAAACAGUAGAUGCAGCAGAAACUAAUCUGUUCCUCACAGCUGCUGUGAAACAUGAACCCAAAGCUGAGAAAAAAGACUUUGGGGCCACGUCUACCGCAUACAGGGAAGAUUUUCCUCUAAGUUACACCUCCAUUUUUCUGAAGCAACAAAGUGACACCUGGGAUCCAAAGGACAACAAAAUAGUCCAGGUGACGAGAAAGAUGGCCGACACAAUAAGUCACAUGACACAGUACUUAAAAAAGAAAGGCCCGAUACUGAACAAAGAUGCGUUUGUCAAUGCAGCCAAAGAGGUGAUCUCAAACUGUCAGACAGUAACUCAGUUUAUUAGCGAUAUCGCCAACCACAGCCUGGACAAACACUGCACAGUUGAACUGUCCCUCAUCAUUGAGCAGAUUCUGACCAUCACUAAUCAGCUCAGCAUCAUUUCCAGUGUGAACGCUGUAACGCCUGGCUGCAAAUCGUCUGAUGAGAUUCUGGUGAAGAAUGCACAAAACCUUCUUCAGACUGUUCUGAGAGGGGUUCACGCUGCAGAAACAGCCUGCAUCACGGGUUUGAAGCAGCCGGAGCCAAACUCGGACGGUGCAGAAGCAACAGCCUUGUGCUUCCAGUGGAAGAAAAAGUUGGAAAUCUAUCGAGCCCAGCAGACGACUAAUCCAGAAACGGAUGAUCUUGGUUUAAGAAAAACAUCAUCACACACUUUAGCUCCCAGUCUCGCCCCCCAGGUUAAUGCAAGAACUACCUUCAAGUAAACAGCUCUGUACGUUCAAAACAACUAGACGUAAUGUGGUCAAAUCAGGAUUAUAAUCUUUGAACAAAAGCAAUUAGAGGAUGAACUCUUUUCUUUCCCGUCAAACGAGCUUGAAAUUUAAAGCAGCAAUGAAAUUCUUGGAAUCUCAGAUACAGAUUCCAAGAAUAAUUUAGGAUCUUCUAAAGAUCAGAAUAACAAGUGAGAGUUAGCUAUUAACGUAAUCAAUGAUUAUACUUGAUUACACUAAGAUUUACUUUAUUGUCUAUUGUUUUAAUUAAGUUAAAAAAGAAACAUAAGUGAUAAGACACUAUUUACAAAAAGGUUAAGAGGGAAAAGCUCAAAGCUAGAAAAUUGCACAUUAAAAAUACAAAUGGCAGGUAAAAAAAUAAAUUUUUUAUCAAAGAUUUAUUGUUCUAACCCUUUUGGAUGCCAUAUAAACAUAGUUUUGAGAUUUUGAAAUACCAGUCGCCUCAUAUAAGAUUUUGGCUAAAUCUGAAAGUCCGGAAAGAAUAUUUUGGAGAAAAACUGUUGUUUUUGAACAUCAUAAACAGCACUUUCUGCUUAAAAUAAACACAAAAUUAUAUUUACAAUAUACUACUAAAGAAGAAGGUCAAUGAAAAUGUCAUAUUAAAAUUGAACUAAUAUGUCAAACUGUACCUGUAGGACAGGAACUGACAUAAAAGCUACAAUGUGACUUUGUUUCACUUCUUUAUUCAAUAUAUUUAUAAUAAAACCACUUAAACAAUGAGCAUGUGUAGUUAAAACCGAAAAGCUGGUGUCACCAUACGAACAGGAAUAAAAAUCUAUUUAUACAUGAAGCACUCAGUAAAACACCCUGUACAUAUAAUAUGAAAUGCACAUUUACAAUGAAAAAUAUCAGAGAAAAUAACAAAAGAGAACAUUUAAUUUUUUAGGAAAACAAAAAGCAGCACACAUUACUGAGAAAAGCUGCCGCUACUGAAAUGCCUCAUUCUAUAACAUUCUCGCUUUAUGAAUCCAGGCUGAAAUACAGUGCUCUACAAACGCCAAACAGAGAUAGAAACUGCAAUAAGGGCCACAUUUGUUACAUAUAUACAUUUACUUGUAAUGCCUUUCUGAUAAUAUUUCUGUACAGAAAAUACACGGAAAAAUGUUUUCAUCCAUUUUUCAUUCAUUUAGGACAUAAAAUAAACAUUUACCUGCUACCUCCAAGCUGGUCAGUGUAUUUCUUUUGUAAAAUGGCACAUGUACAGUGGAUUAAAGAGUGAGUGCAAUCCAUUAAAUAAUACACAUUUUGCAACCGUAUAACCACUGGCAUUACAGACCAACACAAGUAGUGUAUAACUCUAAAAGUGACAGAGAAAUGAAACACCAUUUAGCAAAAAAUAAAAUUCAGAAGCCUGGCGUGUAUUUGUAUUCAGCCCCUUUGCUUGAUUAAUCCAAAUAUUAAUCAGAUAAUCCAACAUGUAAAAGCUCAGAAAGGACUGAGCUUUGACAUGUUGAUGUUAGAAGUAUGUUGUUUUAGCUGCAGAGUAAUCCUUUGCUCCAAUUUAUUAAUUAUCAGAAUAAUCGAUUACCAAAAUUAUUGCUAGUAAUUGCUAGCAAUUGUUGCUUUUAGCACUAAAAGUAACAAUGGGAAGGUUUAUGUGUUAAAAUGGCCCAGUCAAAGUUCAAAGCAAAUUAAUGACAACAUACAGUCUUCACUCAGUCCAACACAGUUUGAACUGCUUUACAGUGAAGAA